UCACAUAUAUGAACGGUCGUGCAAAGAACUGAGACAGGCAUGCGUCAAACUUUAGUGUUCGGAAUCACCUUGCAGCUGUUGUCGUUGACUUUUUUUUUACCAAUUCGACGAUUUUUCACGUUGAUUUAUUGUUUUUUUUUCUGAUACCCCAAACUUGAUAAAAUGUUGAGCAAAAAUUUGAAGACAAUCCGUUCGAUCAAUGUCCAGUUGAAACGAUAUUUGUCUGCUGGUCAAACUCAAGCUAAAUCAUCAUCAUCAUCGAUUCAAGUUUCCACACUUCCAUCUGGUAUCGUUUUGGCUUCAGCUGAAUCUGAAUCACCAUUAGCUCGCGUAGCUGUUGUUGUUCGUGCUGGGGCACGUUAUGAACCUCAAUCUAAAUUGGGCAUUUCUCAUGUCGUUCGUUCAUCUGCCGGUUUAGGGACCGAACAAUUCAGCUCAUUCGGUAUAACACGUCAAAUCGAAUAUCACGGCGGACGAUUGACAGUGGCUGGUACUCGUGAUUCAAUCGCCUACCUUUUGGAAGUACAUAACGAUGAUGAAAUUUUACCGAAAAAUUUUGCCAUGGUUGCAGAUACUGUCGCACGGCCAGCUUUCAAACAUUGGGAAGUUGCUGACAACACUGAACGACUAAUGGUCGAUCGGUCUCUGAUGGAAGAUACGCCAUUUAUUCAAUUGACUGAAUUAAUUCAUCAGGUCGCAUACAAAGGCGGUCUUCGAAACUCCCUGUAUGUACCGAAAUUUAUGGUGGGAAAACAUUCAACGGAAGAUUUGAAAAAAUUUCAUCGCGAAACAUUUGUUGGAUCCAAUACAGUAGUUGUCGGACUCGGUAUGGAUCAUCAACAGCUUACUGAAUUGGUCGGACAAAAUCUCAUAUUGCCAGCAUCGUCAGGAACGAAAGAAUCUAGCGAUUUUAUUGGUGGCGAAAUCCAUCAAGAUUCAUGUUCACCAUUGACUUAUGUUGCCAUAGCCUGUGAAGGUGUCAGCAUCAACAAAUCUCCCAAAGAUUAUAUUGCUGCUGCCUUAUUACAGAAAAUUCUUGGUUCGGGUAGUCAAAUCAAAAACUCUAAUGAUCUAAACGAGGCACAACGUCUUAGUCAAGCAAUCAAAGCUCAACUUAGUGGAAAAUCCACGGAGAAUAUCUCAGUGGCUUCAUUCAACUAUAACUAUGAAAAUACUGGUCUUUUUGGCGUGAAUUUAGUAGCACCAAAUACCUGUGACAUGAGUGUAUUGGUCAAAUCCUUAGUAAAAGAAUUCCGUGCUACAAUGACUUCGGUUUCGGAUGCUGAACUUAAUGAUGCUAAAAACAAUUUGAAAACUUCGGCAAUGAUCGCUUUGGAUGAUGAAGCUGCAUUGGCAUAUGAAAUGGGCACACAAUUAUUAAUGGGAGGACAAAAAUUUUCAAUUGAAGAUUAUCUCAAACAAGUUGAUUCGAUAACCAUGGCUGAUGUUAAAAGUUUGGGCUCCCGAAUGUUGAAAUCAAAAAUCGCUUUGGCUACAAUCGGUCAAAAUGCUCCGUAUUUGAGCGAUAUCCAAUAAAUAAUUUUAUAAUUAGGGUGAAUAAUUUAUUUUUCCUGUGAAAACUAAUGAACAAUAGAUCAAUUAUUAAGUUUGUUGUAAAAAAAAUUAAUAAAAAAAAUUCAACAUGUUCGUUUUCCAUCUUGUGAAA